UAACAUUAUUUUUGUAAUCUGGAUCAGUCCGUUCUCAUCAGUUUUAUUUGACAGAUCCGUCAGUAUGAGUAACAAAAACACACAUGGAUUUAAGGGCAUAUUCAAAAAGAUGUACAAACGAGAAGUGAAAGAAGGUGACAGGCAAAAAAGCCAAAUCAUGGAUAGCUCGCAGACGAUGAAGUUGGAAAAGAGUCGUGAAGGGGAUCGCAAGGUGCGUAAAAAGGAUGAGGAACUUGUACGUAAACUGCAACAGGAACUGGAGCGUCAACGGCGAAAGGAUCUCGAGCGGGAAAGAGAGCUCUCCAGGCAACGUGAGCUGGAAUGGAAAGAAGACCUCGAGAAAGAACGCCAGCGUGAAAGAGAAAUGGAACGAGAAUUGGCAAAACAGGAGCCCUCGACCUCCAAAAAACCAAACCCAGAAAUCAGCAAAUUUGACGAGGAAUUCGAGCGGGACAUUGAGAAAUUGGAGCACCAGGUGUGCCCUCUAGAUUUUCGCUCCAAGACCAUGGCCACCAUGUGGAUAGAUAAACUUCGCAAUGCUUCCCAUAAUCCAGCCGAAGCUAGGGCCAGAAAUAUAAUAACGUCCCACCUGCUCAAGUGCUUUGGCGAAAAUAUAUUCAAAAAGGAGCCCUUCAACCAACCACCGCCACCCGAAAGUUUGGCCAUCAUAAGGGAAAAAAUGUACUUGACGCGUGACAGUAUGUGUCAUGGCAUGCCCGUGGUCAAAAAGAGUGAACCAAACUUUAAUUUAAACCAAUUGUUCAACGAUUCGUACGAUGGCGGCGAAUUCCUGAGCCAGCUUCCAGUGCCUCGCGAUGGUGCCUUCUUUAUUUUUCACAUGCAUCCAAAUUUAUAAAAGUAAAUUGAACAGCUAAAUUCAAAUUGUAAUUACAAAUAAAACUCAU